AUGACAAGGAUCUCACUUCUUCAUUUCUCUCUCGUCAAACUCUCGGUUCUCUUCAUGUUUCAACUAUCGUUCUCUUCCACCCACAACCCCUCAGCCGCCACCGCCACUUUGCCGCUCACCCCUGCCCACCACCACCCACCGCCGUUCCCCUUUUGGCUUGCGCCGCUUUCCCUCUGCCUUGCGCGGCUCUCCCUUCCGACGACUUCUCCGCCCAUCGUCCACGAUGAGAGGAGAAUUGGUGAGGGCGUCUACGCAAGGCGGCUGCGAGCAGGGGCGGCGACAUCCUUUUCGUCGAAAAUUUCGCUGGGAUUGUUGUGUUUGCUACUUCUAUACAGUAAGGAAUUAUAAAUGUUUCAUGAACUAAGUUUUACUUUUGGAUAAUGCUAAACAUUCUUUGCAAGCUACGCCCAUAGUUGUCAGUACAUACCGGGCAGCAGGUUUUGUAUCAAUAGAAGAGAGUGUUUUGUGUAUGUGAUUUUAAUUUUAUUAAUAAUAUUAGUGUAUUGUGUUUGAUGUU